UCCUGCUCUGGCCUCAAGAGGAGCCGGAGCCGGAGCAGCGAGUCACGGGGCUCCGGUCGCUACCGCUCCCGGGCCCGCACAGACUCUCUGGCAAUGGCGCCUUUCCUGCCGCAUGAUUGACAUGAGGCGGCACCGGGACUGGGCUUGUCUCCGCUCUGUCGAAUCAACGCGCAAAACCGACGAGUGACAGUAGAAUCGGUCAAUCGCAGCGAGCGGCGGGGUCUGCCCACGGCACGGACUUCCCUCCCGUUCGUCCAGCUCUGCCACGUCUCUUCUCGCCUGAGGAGCGUGUCCCGCGCUGGGCCCGGCCCGGGCAUCGGGCCAAGGAACCGCUGCUGCCCUGAACCGCCGGGAGCUCGGGGCUUUUUUCAUUCGCAAGGCGUGGGCAGAUGGAGCAGGAGGAAAAGUCCCAGAGAUCCCUCACAAGGAGGAGCUGCAAACCCAGCCCAGGGAGCUGCGAGGAGAAAAGACCCUCCCUGAGCCGGGCAGGCAGCCGGAGAUGCAGGCAGAGCUCAGAGCUGGUGGAGAAGCCUCAUGGAGGGGAGAAGCCCCACAAGUGCUUGGAAUGUGGGAAGGGUUUCAGCCAGAGCUUCGGCCUGAUCCGGCACCAGAGGAUCCACACUGGGGAAAAGCCCUAUGAAUGUGGGAAAUGCGGGAAGAGCUUCAGAGACAGCAGUGUCCUGCUGCAGCACCAGGUGAUCCACACAGGGGAACGGCCCUACACCUGCUUGGAAUGCGGCAAGAGCUUUGGGCAGAGCUCUUACCUGAGAAGCCACCAGCGCAUCCACACCGGGGAGAGGCCCUAUGAGUGUCCUGAGUGCAGGAAGAGGUUUCAGACCAGCUCCAAUCUCCUCCUACACGAGCGGAUUCACACAGAGGAGAGGCCCUUCCGCUGCCCCAGCUGUGGGAAGGGAUUCAAGCAAAACUCCACCCUCAUCAGACACCAGCGCAUCCACACUGGGGAGAGGCCCUACAAGUGUCCUGAGUGUGGGAAGAGCUUCUCACAGAGCUCAACCUUGACCAAACACCAACGGAGGCACCACUAUGGGAAACCCCAUGAGUGCCCCGAGUGUGGGAAAAGCUUCUCACAGAGCUCAACCUUGACCAAACACCAACGGAGGCACCACUAUGGGAAACCCCAUGAGUGCCCCGAGUGUGGGAAAAGCUUCUCACAGAGCUCAACCUUGACCAAACACCAACGGAGGCACCACUAUGGGAAACCCCAUGAGUGCCCCGAGUGUGGGAAAAGCUUCUCACAGAGCUCAACCUUGACCAAACACCAACGGAGGCACCACUAUGGGAAACCCCGUGAGUGCCCCGUGUGUGGGAAGAGCUUCGUGCUCUGCUCCAGCUCCAUCCCCCAUGGGAGGAUCACGCUGUCUCAGCGGCUGCUCCAGGCUGACGUGCUCCACCUGGCACGUGUAGCUGAGCCCGCGCCGGGGCGGCGUUUCCAGCAGCACCAGGAGCUGACCCCUUUCUCAUCUUCUCCCAAUUCUCAAUCCCUUCCCACUCUUCCUCUGGAGGUCUCGCUCCUCCCACCACUCAAUUUAGGGGUCUUAUCACCCCCUUUUCCCCCUUCUCCCCCCUGUCCCGCCGCCUCCCGCCCCCCGCUCACCCGAGAGCUCCGCGUAGGCGAGAUCUCAGCGGUGCCCAUGGCGAGGGCUCGCCCGAUGCCAGGCACCCCCCAAAGCCGCUCUGUCCCUGCCCCCGACAGCAGCACAGGGGAAAAUGGAACCGAGGGUUCCUGGCGAGCCUCGAGUCCCCGCAGAACCGAGCGCGGCUCCCACCUGCGCCGGGGCCGCCUCCGAGCUCCGCUGCCGCCGCUCCCGGGCCCGUGCCGGCGGUCUCUGUCCUGCUCUGGCCUCAAGAGGAGCCGGAGCCGGAGCAGCGAGUCACGGGGCUCCGGUCGCUACCGCUCCCGGGCGGCACCGGGACUGGGCUUGUCUCCGCUCUGUCGAAUCAACGCGCAAAACCGACGAGUGACAGUAGAAUCGGUCAAUCGCAGCGAGCGGCGGGGUCUGCCCACGGCACGGACUUCCCUCCCGUUCGUCCAGCUCUGCCACGUCUCUUCUCGCCUGAGGAGCGUGUCCCGCGCUGGGCCCGGCCCGGGCAUCGGGCCAAGGAACCGCUGCUGCCCUGAACCGCCGGGAGCUCGGGGUGAGCGGGAGCUGAGGGCGGUGGGAGCUGGGGAACCAGCUUCUUCAUUCCUAAGGCAUGAGGAGAUGGAGAAAGAUGAAAAGUCCCAGAGAUCCCCCACAGGGACAGGCUGCAAACCCAGCCCAGGGAGCUGCGAGGAGGAAAGACCCCCUCUGAGCCGGGAAUGCGGCCGGAGAUCCAGGCAGAGCUCAGAGCUGGUGGAGAAGCCUCAUGGAGGGGAGAAGCCCCACAAGUGCUUGGAAUGUGGGAAGGGCUUCAGCUACAGGUACAGGCUGAUCCGGCACCACAUGGCCCACACUGGUGAAAAGCCCCAUGAGUGUGGGAAAUGUGGGAAGGGAUUUAGAGACAUCUCCCACCUGAUCCGGCACCAGAUGAUCCACACUGGGGAACGGCCCUAUAAGUGUGGGGUAUGUGGAAAGGGAUUCAGAGACAGCUCUGUCCUGCUCCGGCACCAUAUUAUCCACACUGGGGAAAAGCCCUAUGAGUGUGGGAAAUGUGGGAAGAGCUUCGCCGACAUCUCCAAUCUGAUGCAGCACCAGGUGAUCCACGCAGGGGAACGGCCCUUCUGCUUGGAAUGUGGGAAGAGCUUUGGGUGCACGUCCAACCUCAGAAAACACCAGCAUAUUCACAGCAGGGAGAGGCCCUACGAGUGUCCCAAGUGUGGCAAGAGGUUUCAGACCAGCUCCAAUCUCCUCAGACAUGAGCGGAUUCACACAGAGGAGAGGCCCUUCCGCUGCCCUGAGUGUGGGAAGGGAUUCAAGCAAAACUCUGACCUCACUGUCCACCGGCGCAUCCACACCGGGGAGAGGCCCUACGAGUGUCCUGAGUGUGGGAAGAGCUUCUCACAGAGCGGUAACUUGACCCAACACCAACGGAGGCAUGCUGUGCUCCAGCUCCAUCCCCCAGGGGAAGAUUAGUGUUGGAUGAUCCCCAGUGACCCCUGUUGGGCAGAGCCCUGGUGAUCCGUGUUGGGAAUACACCUGGCUGGGAGGGGGCUCUGCAUCAUCCUCUCUGUAGGGACUUGAAUGAAUGCAGGGGCAGGAACAUCCAUCGGAAAACAAACCUACGUUGGGAAUUCCUUGGGGAGAAUGGAUUUGUUGACUUUGAACCCCAGAAAAUCUUCUGUGUUCAAUCCUAUCUUCUGGUGGCCUCCCGGAAUUCUGAGUGGUCUUGGAGGUGUUUUCCAACCUUAGUAAUUGCGCAGUUUUGAUUUUCUAUUACUGAAGGGUGUCUUCUGCAAAAUGGGGUCAGACUGGGGCGAAGAGCAGGAUUUUGGAGACAGUGAGGUGGAAAGUCUUCCAGAAAAGUUUUUUCCCUCCCACCCAAGCUCAUGGAUCUUCAGCUGGCAUGGACAAGGAAAUGCUUUUCUUCUAGACUUGAUGUGCUUUUGAUUUCUCUUCAUCCAUUUAAAACAUCCCAUA